UCGCGAGAAGGUGUGUUUCCGGAAGACGUGGCUGUUGCUGCAGUGGCAGCUGUCAUCCAAAUUAUUCUGAGAGGAGAUCUUCAACUUCCACUCUAAUAUUUUCUCCCUUUCUGUUUUAUCUUCACACAUUUUCUCGUCGUCAAGAUGAUUUCGCUGACGGACUCCCAGAAGAUUGGAAUGGGAUUAACAGGCUUCGGUGUGUUUUUCCUCUUCUUCGGGAUGAUCCUGUUCUUCGACAAAGCCCUCCUGGCGAUAGGAAAUAUCCUGUUUGUUGCUGGACUCGCCUUUGUCAUCGGGCUGGAGAGGACCUUCCGCUUCUUCUUCCAGAAGCACAAGAUGAAGGCCACCAGUUUCUUCCUGGGAGGCGUGUUCGUGGUGCUGAUCGGCUGGCCCAUUAUCGGAGUUGUGCUGGAGAUUUAUGGCUUUUUCCUCCUUUUCAGGGGUUUCUUCCCAGUUGUAGUAGGCUUUAUCAGAAGAAUACCUGUCCUUGGCUCAAUCCUCAACCUGCCCUUCAUCAGUGCACCUUCGUAAGGCUCUGAGGACAAUCAGCAGUCGUGUAUGUGGACAAAGUGGGUGAGAGCAACACCAUGGUAUAACAGAGACUUUUUGUACCCAGAGAAAGCUGUUUGAGUACAGCAGGUUUUCUAAAACAUGCCCAUGGGGCUAAUUUAAAGCAGGCUAUAUGUUCAGAUUCCUCCCCCCACCCUCCAGCAGGUAGAGACUGCUUUCUGUCUGUCUGUAAUGUCACUGGUCAGCGCUACCAAUCAAAGGUUCAUCAGAGCGUUACACCACCAGUCUGUUACUAAAGGGUGGAGUUACUAAGGUCACUACAAUAAAUAUUUCUAAUGCUAUUGAUCCCUCUGCUGUUGAGUGCCUCUGGCACGAAAAUGGAGGAUGGAAUACUCUCUUAAUGAAGCACCAUCGACUCUGUCUACGUGACUUUCUUACUCCGUGGAAUACAACAGCCAAAACUAGCGACCCUCCACAAGGAUGAGAAGUGGACCGACAGCUUGCCAUAUUGUCACAUUUCUGUGCCUGUGCUUUAACUUUAUUUGGAGGAAAGCUUUGAAGUCUAGCAGUUUGUCUCUUUAUUCUGUGACACUUUGUUUCUUUUUGUCUCGCAGCUAUUUGAAUACCAAGUGUGUCUGUGGUAAUAUCUUCCCUUUGUUAUAUGUCAUUUCUGUUUACGAUUGGCUAAUCAGUAUAAAUUAUUUUAAAAAGA